AGAAAAUGAUACAAUGACAUUGUUAGUAGCGUUCCUCCACCCCCCACUUACUGUGUUACAGUGUGUAAGUUAAAGCUAAAGUUGACAGAGGACAGGAUUCUGGUUGGACGCCUGAGCUGGUGUUGAUUGCUUCCUGCAGUUCUUACUGUGAAAUUCAGGUUAUACGUACCUCUUGAGAAUUAUUAUUUUAAGAACAUACUUUAGAAAAUGUAUCUUAAGAAGAAAAACACUGAAAUCCAUUUUAAAUAGAAUUAUAUGCUUUGUAAGUUUCACAUGACAGUUUUAGAGCCAAUAAUUUUUUUUCCCCCCUUCUGGAGUGUCCAUGGUUCUGCAGAGUGCCUGCUACCUGAGGUUUGAAUGGUUUUUCUUUUAAUUAGAAAAAUAUUAAACAAGUUGUUUUCACCUAGGAAAGCAGGCUGUCUUUUUUGAAACUUGUGAGUAUAUGGAAUAAAGCAGUGAAACAGUAGGAAAAAGACCCCUUCCCCAGGGCAGCACUAUCUCUCUGCACGUGGUGAUUUUUGUUUUGUUUUGUUUUUGGCAGUUCUUUGGGGAUUUCUUUUUCUCAUGAGCGUUUUGCGAAUCACUCUCUACCUGCUGCCUGUAUCUGUAGGGCUCGCUGAGCAGAGAGUGAUGCAUCCCCACAGUGCCAUCUGUCCUCAAGGGCUCUGGCCUGAGGGACACUUGUCCUUGGCAGCACGCCCGCUUGGAAGCACCUGUCCCGCCUCCAGUGCCUCCUGAAGGUGGAGGUGGGCAGGGAGGCGGCAGCCUGAGGAGAACCACUGUGGUGGGUGCCGAGGCAGCCUCUGUUGGUUCUAGAGCUGGAGUUGCUCCAGUCCCCGGUUCUGUCUGUGGGGAAUCUCACCAUGUGCCUGUGGGGGAUUCUUUGCAUUGCGUGCUUGACGGCCCGGCUUUCUAGUUUCCCUAGUGUGUCUCCUGCUAUAUUUAAAACAAAACCCAAAACAAAACCAGCACUUCUGUUUAAACUCGCCACAGUUGGUUCCCAGUGCUGGCCAGUAAGAACUCAGCCAGAGCCCUGCCACUGCUCAGUUCAUCUGGCAGAGGUUCUUCACAGCGAUUUCCCUUUUUAGUGUAGCCACCUGUAGGCUCCACUCAGAGGUGACCAAGACUGAUUCAUGUAAUGUCACUUGGGGGUGGUGGGAGCCAGCUCUGCAGGUAUUAAGGAUGGCCACAAGCAGGCCAGCCGGCUGGAUCUCAGAUGGAGCUCUCUACAUCUGUCCCCAGUGAUGGCCUCUCUUGUGUCUGAGAAAUCCAUUUCAGAGGUAGGAUGCUCAGAAUCUGACCCCUCGCUCCCCGUGCAUGCUGUGAUUUGAGAAUACUAACUGAAAUGUUUGUGGGAUUACUGUGCUUAGCCAAAAAUAAUACCUGAUAGUUCUAAAGCCUUCUGGUCAAUUUUAGUGAGGUUAUAAUUUACAUAUUAUAAAAUCGUGGCCGCUUAAGUAUAGGGUUGGAUAGACUGGUAAACAAAUACCCUGGCAGAGCAAUAACUGAAUGCAGAUACAGGACAUAAUCAACACUCUAAGAGCCUCUCUGUGUCCUGCCCAUGAGUCAGUGCUUCCCCGAGACCCCACCUCCAGACACUUGGCUCUUAAGCUGAUCUCCUUCGUGUAAAUGCUUCAUUAUUUUUCUUUUCACGAAGAUACUACUGCGUCACACACUGAGCUAAAGGAAAUGGGCCAUGCUAUAUGAACCAUGUAUCUCAUGAUGACUCCAAAGGUUUUCCAGGGUGGGUAGCCUUUCUGUGGGCCAGAGACCUGCCAUACCAGUGUCUGCUCCGUGGAUGUGAUGGUGGCCUCCUGCUGCUCUGUGGAAGGCAGCUUGGGAAGUAGGGAUGUGCUUGGUAGGUAUAGACCCUUAAGUCAGAGUGUCUGGAGUCACACAGCCUUGCUUUGCCAUCUAUUAGCUGUGAGAUUGUAGGUGAUUAACUAUUAACUAUUAGAAUAAAUCACCCAGUGUGAAUAUUGAGGACCUACUGUGCACAAGGUCCAGCUCUUCAUUUGUUUGGAAACUUUCAUUCUGGCGAAGGGCAGAUAAUAAACAGAAACAUUUCAUAGUGAGUAGCUCUGUAGAGAAAAAUAAGGCAGAGGAAGCGUGUGGGUAGGGGUGAGGAUGUUGGUGCGGUCAAGGAAGGCCUUAGUUACUAAGGGGGAGGGGCACCAGAGCCUGUGCUCUGAGGGCUGCUCAGGCUGAUGUGAGGAACAGCAAGGAGGCUGGGAUGCAGGGAGGAGAGGGGGAGAGGCGUGGUCCUAAGGAACCCAUGAGCUGAGGUAUCUGAGGUUGCUGUUGCUGUGUAAUGUUGACCUCUGGGUAGGUGUGGCGUCAUAGGAACUGGUGAGGAAAAGAGACAGUCUGUUAUUUGAACAGCCUGUCACUGCUUUUUCCAGACUUGCAAACAUGCAAGGUCAGCUGGAGCUUUCUUUUCAGAGAGUGUGGAGGGGCAGAGGGAGGGGCAAGCGCUGGGGGAGUGCUGGUGGCUGGGUUAAUGGGUAUCCAGGGUGUUUGGACUCGGUAGGCAGUACACAGCUAGACUUAGUAGAAGGGCUAGUAAUUGCCCUGUCAGCCUAACCUUUGGAGUUUCACUGGGGAAGGAAAGAAGUUAGUUCAUGAGCAGGUGGGCUUGAGAAGAUAGUAGGAGCGGCCCAACCAGAAUCUGACAGAAGACGUUGGCCAAGACGAUCACCAAACAGGAAGCCUGCGGUCUUGCAGUUCUUCGGACUGCUUUAGUAAAGUGAUGCCACCAAGGAAGAAGAGGAGACCUGCCUCCGGGGAUGAUUUAUCUGCCAAGAAAAGCAGGCACGACAGCAUGUACAGGAAGUACGAGUCGAGUAGGAUAAAGACUGAAGAAGAGGCCUUCUCUAGUAAGCGCUGCCUGGAGUGGUUUUAUGAAUACGCAGGCACGGAUGACGUGGUGGGUCCUGAAGGCAUGGAGAAAUUCUGUGAAGAUAUUGGUGUUGAACCAGAAAAUGUAGUUAUGCUUGUCCUAGCUUGGAAAUUGGAUGCACAAAACAUGGGCUAUUUUACUCUACAGGAGUGGCUGAAAGGAAUGACCUCUCUACAAUGUGAUACAACAGAAAAACUCAGAACUACUUUGGAUUACUUAAGAUCAUUAUUAAACGAUACAGCAAACUUUAAGCUCAUUUACAGAUACGCGUUUGACUUCGCACGGGAAAAGGACCAGCGCAGCCUAGACAUAAACACUGCCAAGUGCAUGUUGGGACUGUUACUAGGAAAAAUCUGGCCCCUUUUUCCAGUUUUUCACCAAUUCUUAGAGCAAUCAAAAUAUAAAGUGAUAAACAAAGACCAGUGGUGCAAUGUGCUAGAGUUCAGCAGAACAAUUAGCCUCGACCUCAGUAACUAUGACGAAGACGGAGCAUGGCCAGUUUUGUUGGAUGAAUUUGUGGAAUGGUAUAAGGACAAGCAGAUGUCCUAGGAGCUCGUGCAUAGCAGCGAGAGAGUCACUGUUACCAAGGUUAUGUCACCCAUUAGCCAUAAACUGCUGUUUGUACCGAAGCGCAUGCUGCUUUUCUUGCACUGUCUCCCUCUCGGAGGGGUGUCUUGGUGUUUGCUGUUGAAUGGGCCGCUCUGCUUGCUGUGUAGCAUUGUUCUCUUGGAGGCUACUCUGCAGUUUGUUUUCACACUACAGAUGGUGAAUCCACCAACGUCCUCACUGUGACUAUGUGUAUAUUGCUGUUUAAAUUUUGUAUAUGUGUAUAAAAUGAAAAGCUUCACCUAGAGAUUAUUUCUGCAAAAAUGUAUUGUAAAAAUAAUUUUGUGGCAUAUUUCUAGUCCCCCCCUUUAUUAUUAUUUUUUUUUCAAAUGAACUAGUUACACUUUUUUAUUUGGUCUCAAAUGUAGCAUUUCAGAAAACAUAAGGGUUUCCAUGCGCAAAUAUUGCCAGGAUUAACCUCACCAGUGGCUUAGGAGGCUAACUUCUGGAAGAAGUAGGAGCCGCAGCUUACAGUGGCAAAAGCCAAGUAAGGCUUGGUUUCCUUGUCAGCUUUGGUGUUUUAAAGUGACAAACGUUAGAAUUAUUGGAGCACGCAGACACAUUACCUGCUACAAAGCACUUCAAACACAAAGGUACAGGUUUAUAGGCCCCCCCCCCACCCCUUUUUUUCUUUCAGUGCUAACACUGUUGGUAGCUUGACCGUCGGUACAAGUGAACAAAUUAAAAUCGCUCCUGAUUUUAAAUUGAAGCUUAAGUUUCCAUAAACCUUUCUCUGUUCGCCCCCUUCGUGGCCCUCCGGCAGUGUUGGGGCUGCUGACGCUGUCUGUGCCACCGUCAGUACACUGUCCUCUGCCACCCAUGAGCCUGCUGGUCUGCUGGCCGUACAACUGCGAAGCACUUCCGGCUGUGGCUUGAGUUUUUAGUUACUCUUUCAUGGUGUCUGCAAUCUCCCAAGGUUUUUGUUUGUUUGUUUGUUUGUUUAGUUUAGUUUUUUUUUUUUUUUUAAAGACCACAAGUGAGAGGUGUUUUGUUUUUCUGUCUUUGUUUCUUCUGUGCUAGGCUUUUCCUGGCAACAUGUCCAUUGCAGGCAGUGGACUCGAAACCACCAGCAUUGAGCUAACCCUGUUCACACUGGGACCUUUCCCAGAGGGGCCGCUUGUCAUUCCCUGAGUCACAUGUACAGAAGGGUAAUAGCCAUUGAGCGGGUGAGAGAACCAGAGCAAACACAAUGGUGUUUCUGGGUUUGUAUUUUAUGUCUUAUUUCUUAAGAUUUUUAUUUGUUUGCCUUGCCCCUCUUGAGGAAGUGUGUAGAUGACAGGUUUUCCCGACUAUUUGGUGCUAUGAAUCACUCAGUUCCUGUAGCUUGUGAAAACAUGUAUAAGAUAGCUGGGUGAAUAGUGUCAUGGGGUUAGAUCUGUGCCUGCCUAGACAGGUAAUGACUGGAAGAUGUUGAGAUUAUCGGCCAAAAAAAAAUAAUAAUAAUAAAAUAAAAUCUUCUACAUCAAAUGUGAACCUUUAAAUGGCACUAAAUGAGCGAAGCACACAGACAAUGCUACCCUUGACCGCUGUUUUACAGUUUCUUUUCAAAGUAUUGCAAUUGUCAUAUUAUUUCUUUUCCUGACUGAACCACCAAAGACAGAAAUUUUGUGUGUAUAUAUUGUGUGCGUGCAUCUACAAAAUCAUGAUGUGGUAGAAUGCAGCUACUUGCCUUUUCCUACCAAAUAAUGAGAUUUGGUUUGCUGUGAAAUAAACCGGAAGUUUAAAAACCAACCACUCAAUGUUGCUUUAGCACACUUACUCAUCCUUUGCCUGUAGUUUGACUUACAAAUUACUGUCUGAACACGAUGUAAACUUUCUGGAAAUCCACGGCUAUGGAGACAGCUGUAUAAAUGGAGUUCCAGUGCAUACAGGUGCGUGACAGUGGGGACUGGCUAAAGGCAGGCUCAGCUCCGUAACCUUGUCACGUAUGCCCAAGGUUAAAGUAUCCCUCUCUCAGGGUGACUGUUCUUGAGUUGGAUCAGCUGUCGAUCGCCUCAGUGCAAAGAGGAAUCAUAGAUGGAAUUCUUUUAAAUGUUGUUUGAGAGCCUGGAGAACAUUUUAAACACUAAGCACAGUGAAUCUGCGAGUAAAGAUUGUUAGCAGGGUGAGGAAUUUCAUUUCAUCCACAGUGAACAUUUUGAUGAUAGAGAAUCAAGUAAAAUCACCAUGGUGUAGAGUGUGGAAGUCAGCAUUCCGGAGGGGAAAAUCAACAUUUAAAACUCCAAAUAAUCUCUAAACUGCCUCAAGAAACGAACCGCUGUGACUGCUGCUUGCCCUUGGUCUUCUCAUUUUUACGGAGCUGCUUUUAAGGGGAGUCAUAAUACCAAGUACCAAGACACCUUUUCUUGAAGAAUUGCCAAGUUACGGAAGUUGAACGAUCACCAAGAGCACUUACGGCCAUCGCUGGAAGACAUCAGGGCGCCUUCGGUUCUCCCACACCUGAGCUACAUCCACCCUUCCUCUCCUCGUUUCCAUGCAUUUUCAACGCCCUCUCCUCCUGUUGGGGAGCGCAACUCGUAGGCGUUUACACUGCACUAGGUAGAAGUUAUCUGGCAACAUUUGCCAGAUACCCAUGGUAGCCUUAGGCACGCCUCUUUUGAAGCAUGAACUCUGAGUUCAGUAUUUAUAAGUCUAAUUAGACGAACCUCUAGAUUCUGUUUUAACAGAUUUCUGUUGCCUCUGAGUCGUCAUCCUAACCAUACUUUUGAAGUUCAUACAGAAAGCUUUAAGAGUUUAGUUUAUGCCCUUGGUUUUUAUUUUUACAACUGCUAAAAUACCUCUGUAAGCCUUAUCCUUUAUCCUUUCAUAUGUUGUAUAAAAUUGUAUAGAAUUCAUUGACCAACUGAAAUGUUGUGUAUCUGUAAAUGAGACCAAAAUGUGGGUCGCUUUGUUCAUAAAAUAAUUUCUAUUGGGCGUUGCUGUGAAAUGAACAGUCGCCAGCCUAUAACUGUGAAUGCCUUGUGUCCUCAGUAUUUGCAUUACAUUCAUAAAAGUGUGCAGGUCCUGUGACUCCCAGCUUAGCUAAAAUACUGUUAUGCCACCUAACUGAGCACAGCAAACUGGUUUAGGUUUUAAUGGAAUUAAUGUAAAAUGAUAUCCCAUAAAUAAACAGAUAUUUGUGUUUGGUUUCAGAA